AUGGAUCCUGAUACAAAAGAAACAUAUUAUGCGCAAAUUGGUGCAUUGACUGUUCUGGGCAAGAUUGGUGAUCAUGAUUUGAAUUACCACUGUCCCCCAGCUGGCUACAAUGGUGUAGGCCCUGGUUGCAAAACUAAACCACAUACACAGCUGGCCGUGUUGCACGUCAAUGCUUUGAAUAAUAAAUUAUAUGCAAUGGAUAUUAUACUCUCUGGUGCUCCUUUCCCCGCUACACAAGGUCUGAAGAACAAUAAGCCACCAUUCGGUACAGCUCGCCAUAAGUUUACUUCUGGAAUUAAAAUCAAAAAUACUGGACAUUUUAAAAUCUGUGCAGGUAAAAAGAGCAACAAAUGUCCAAAUAAGAAUCCAAAUGCUCAUAAAUUACCUCAUCCAUUACCAAGUAAUUACGGACACGGUAUCUUUGCAGUCAAAGGUUCACACUUGGUAACAACUUCUACAUGGAUCAUGGAUGAUGCAAAUCAGCUGCUUAUUGUUAGUGCAGGUAACACUUCCUAUUAUUUCAAUGGCACCGGAUUCUUUAUGUAUGAUGCUGGUUCAAAAACAUGUACAUGGUCAGCAACUUGUGAUUAUCAAUGUGAAGUCUAUAAUUACGACUCUCGCUUCUUAGACUAUGUUGGUGAAUGGGUGAUCACAAAGAAAUGGGGCAUUGCCAGAAUGAAACCAGUGGCUGUAAAAGUAUGGAUUGGUAAUGCAAUUGAUGCUGCUGGUAUCUUCCCCAUUAUCAUGUACACCGAUAAGAAAACUGGCGACUACUUGGGUUUAGACAAACUUGAUCCAAUUCCAAGCCCUAAAAUGGGUGCCGUAUAUUGGUACACUAAACAUGGUAAAACAAAACCAAAAGUUACCAUUAAGAACUAUCAUCCCACGCUUGUGGAAGUUGGUUGCAUUGGCAAUAUGCGCGAUUGGAUUGGUGGUGUGGGUACGAAAAAGAACGCCUAA